UGGAAGCCGGAAGCUGCGGCGCGGUCCGGGCGGGAGGACUGUGGGUGCCGGCGUCCCCGCAGGCUCCGCACCCUCCGCGCCGCCUCCGCCUCCCGCCUCUCUCUCGCCUCCCGCGCUGGUCCAGAAAGGGCCCCACGGAUGUCCCCGGGACGAGCGGCCCCGGGCCCCCAGGGAACAUGGGCGUGCUCCGGGCCGGACUGUGCCCGGGUCUCACCCAGGACAUGGUCCAGCUUCUGCGGAGCUGCGGGAUCAAGACAGUGGUGGACCUGGUUUCAGCAGACCUGGAGGAAGUAGCCCAGAAAUGUGGCUUGUCUUAUAAGGCCCUGGUUGCCCUGAGGCGGGUGCUGCUGGCUCAGUUCUCAGCUUUCCCCUUCAAUGGCGCUGAUCUCUACGAGGAGCUGAAGACCUCCACUGCCAUCCUGUCCACCGGCAUUGCAAGCCUGGACAAACUGCUGGACGCUGGUCUCUAUACUGGAGAAGUGACUGAAAUCGUAGGAGGCCCAGGUAGCGGCAAAACCCAGGUAUGUCUUCGUGUGGCUGCAAACGUGGCCCAUGGCCUGCAGCAGAACGUCCUAUACAUCGAUUCCACUGGAGGGCUCACAGCUUCCCGCAUUCUCCAGCUACUUCAGGCCAGAACCCCAGAGGAGGAGGAGCAGGCGGGAGCUCUCCAGAGGAUCCAGGUGGUGCGUGCGUUUGACAUCUUCCAGAUGUUGGAUGUGCUGCAGGACCUGCGAGGCGCUGUGUCCCAGCAGGUGACCAAUCACAUGACCCGAGACAGGGACAGCGGGCAGCUCAAACCUGCCCUGGGACGCUCCUGGAGCUUUGUGCCCAGCACCCGGCUUCUCCUGGACACCGGCCAAGGUGCAGGAGCAUCAGGCAGCUGGCGCAUGGCAUGUCUGACCAAAUCUCCCCGUCUGCCAACAGGUUUCCAGGAGAUGGUGGACAUUGGGACCUGGGGGACUCCAGUGCAGAGCCCAACAUUACAGGGAGAUCACAUGUGACUUGCUGUUGAUUGGGACAAACCCUCCCACCAUGGGAAAUGGUGGCUGCAUAGAAGCUCUUGGGCUGGGCAGACAUCUUAGUCCUUAGCUCCUCUCUCUGGAAACACAGUGUUACUGGCUAGAGAGGAUGCUACUGUGGAAGGACCCAGAAAUUCAUGCCGGUACCAGGUUUUCCUCCCUUGUGUCUACCACGUAUGUUUCCAGCAGGUGUCGAGUUCAGUGUCUUGGGCAUCUCUGAAGAGGCAUGCUGGUGCCUGGACAGAUAACCCUGUGCAUCGCCGUACUGCACUCCAUCCUAACACAGUGACCGAGUCUGAGGCCUCUAGCUUGACUUUGCUUCCCUUCUUCUUCUUUUUGUUUUUCCAUCUGUAAGAUGGGGCUCCCUUUCUUUUAACUCUCUCUUUGAGUUACCGGGUGGAAUUAACCUUGUAAGUGCAAAAUUCUUCUUUAUCUAGGUCCUGAUAUUAAAAACAUACAAAGGAAAUUCUCUGAGCCCCAGAGCCAUCCAUUUUCCCCCCAGAAGGUGGUUUUUCAGUUUCCCCUAGUGAGGCCUCAAAGAAUGGUUAUUCCUCUUUCCCUCUUGCCCAUUUGGUUUCACAAACCUGCAUGCAUCACCAUGACCAGAUGAGACCGGGAGCUCACUGCAGUCCCAGGAAUAUAAUUUAACAGGAAGGGAAGAUGUGACCUGGUCCCCGUGAAUCCAGCCACUUGUUUAAUGUGCGUGGUGCCCUGUGGGGCCCCUCCACAGUGUCGAGUAACCAGAGGUGCUGAACCAUGGCCUUGCCCAUAAACAGACAGAGGAGAAUUUGCACAGUAAGUAGAGCCAGCUGGGAAAAUUGAUGCUGGCAUAAAUAAUACAUGGUAAAUCUAGUCCUUUAUGUAGAAAUUCAUUGCCAGCGGCUCCAACAUGCAAUAUAAUUACCCCUGUCUUCCUGCCAGCUGUACCACAGCCUAGUGCCCUAGUGUAUGAAAUAACCCCCCUGUCUGUUAUGGGCACUGUGGCCAUCCCUCUUCAAGCUAUAACUCUGGCUGGGCGGGGAGGAGGACACCAGGGAAGAGGAAAUAAAAGACAAAGGAGAGAAAUGAUCAGGAUUGUUCACUGACCACAAUUUUUUUUUUUUUUUUUUGCGGUACGUGGGCCUCUCACUGUUGUGGCCUCUCCCGUUGCAGACCACAGGCUCGGGACGCGCAGGCUCAGCGGCCAUGGCUCACAGGCCUAGCCUCUCUGCGGCAUGUGGGAUCUUCCCAGACCAGGGCACAAACCCGUGUCCCCUGCAUCGGCAGGCGGACUCUCAACCACUGCGCCACCAGGGAAGCCCCACUGACCACAAUUUUUAAAGGAAGGUUGCCUUUCUCAGUUUGAGAGCCUGUCAUGUAAUUAAUUAGUUGCUUGGCUGCAGGAAGAGAGGUCAGAGUUACAGGCCGAAGACAAGACAUUUAGAGGUGAUGAACACAGCAGGGAUAAAAGCAAGAAGCCUGGAGGACUGGGAACAAGUGGCAGACCAGCCCGAGGGUAUCUGCCUGAGUAAGGACAGGCUUGGUAAGCUGCAGACUGGAGGAGGAACCCUGGCGCUGCUGCUUUCACAGGCUCCCAGGAGAAACAAAUCUUCAGCAUCCUUACACCAGGAGCGUUUGGCGCAUAAUUGCAACCGUAGUAGGAAACAAAACGUUAAGCUGGGACUGGCACCUCCCUGUCACUUGUACCAUUUGGGCAUCCUGAGCCCACGCAGACAUCACCAAUCAAUCAAGCAUUCUUUUUGGCAGAGCUCAGAGUCCUUUGCAGUUUUAGUUUUUCUCCACACAGCACUCCAGGUAUCCACAAGCAGUCAGUUGGAACUGGCGUUCAAGGUGGAGGCUGGUUACCAUCUCUGCCCCAGGCAGAUCUUCCAUAUGUCCCAUAUAUGGUGUUGCGUGCUUGGUCCUUGACUCAGGACCCUACAAUAGUGUGGUUUGAGAGGGCUGUAAAGAUCAUAGGCCCCAUCUUGUCAUUUAACAGAGAAGGAAACUGAGGCCCAAAGAGGAGAAAUGACAGUCCCAGUGGCAGAACAGGGGCUGGAACCCAGGACUCUCGAUUCCUCAGCCAGGACUCUGUGUCCAUUUGCCUUUAGUUUCCAAUCGGCACAGUUCUGUCCUCAGUGGGGACUUCUUCCAGCCACAGAGCCUCACCGAGGUAGCCUCUCUGGCCACAGGAAGGCGCUCCAUUCAUUGCUGCUGCAGACCACCCCGUGACAUUUCUGCAGGACUUUGCCCCUCACAGCUCGCUUCCUCCUUGGCCUUGCUCUCAGACGGGGGCUUCACCUCAUCCUCACGCUGAGCCCACACACUCCGCUCCAGGCCAGCCACCCUGCGAGGCUCCCCUAACAGGCCUGGGGCCAGGCUGGCCCUCCUGCCCAUGUGCCUUUUGCUCCCUUUGCUUACGUGUCUGCCUCCGCCCAGCCCUGACUGCAUCGGUGCACACCCACCCAGACAUCCUCCCUUUUUUAUGCCUCAGCUGGGGUCUAGAUAGACAUCACAAUCCUCCUGUACCACUCAGACUUGUCUUAUUGUCUGCCCAUGAGCCCAAGAUCCCCUUGAAGGGCUCCCACGUUCAUUUUUCUUUUGCUCUUUCCACAGUAUGGGAGCUCGGUAAUUGUUAGAUAUACAAAUGGGUGGGGUUUAAAGCAUUUUAAAGAUGGCAGAGGAGAAACGCAGGAAUGUUUUUCAUAUGAUCUAGUCAUUGAGGUCCCCCCAGAGUGUCUUUUUACAUAUCCUUCUACAGAGGACUGUUGAAUGUCGUUGGUCUGAUAUUACACAACGUUGAUGUUGAGUCCCUACUAUGUAUGUGCUAGCACUUCAUGGCUUUUGUUAGGCACGUGAACUCCCAAAGACUCUCAGGCUCAAGGUCCAUGUAUCACUGUGGCUGCUGUCCACUGCAAGUAAUGAAACCUGGCUGAAAGAGGCUUAAACAAUAACAUUUGUUAUCUCUAGUAACACGACGUCCAAGGUUGGCUCAUUUGGCAGCUCAUCAAGUGGCGUAGGCCCUUUCCAUCUUUCUGCUCUGCUCUCCUUUUGUGUUGGUUUUGUCUUUAAGCUCGUUCUCAUCAAAGCAGUCAUUCUGGGCUUCCCUGAUGACACAGUGGUUAAGAAUCCGCCUGCCAAUGCAGGGGACACGGGUUCAAGCCCUGGUCCGGGAAGAUCCCACAUGCCGCUGAGCAACAAAGCCUGUGCGCCACAACGACUGAGCCUGUGCUCUAGGGCCCACGAGCCACAACUACUGAGCCUGUGCGCCUAGAGCCCGUGCUCCGUGACAAGAGAAGCCACCGCAGUGAGAAGCCUGCUCACCGCAAUGAAGAGUAGCCCCUGCUUGCUGCAACUAGAGAAAGCCUGCGCACAGCAAUGAAGACCCAACGCAGCCAAAAAUAAAAAUGAAUAAAUUUAUUUAAAAAAAAAAAGAAAAUGGGGAUGCUACUAGAAAGGAGGGAAUGUGUGUGGAGGAGUUGGACGUUGGGUGGGCAACCACUAGUAUCUGCCAAAGUCCAGGAGGCAAGUGUAUCAAGGCUCACAUGUGCUUAGGCCCUUUGUCCCCAUCUCGUUUAGACCUUCAGAAAGCCUUCCAUCUUCCAGACAGUAAAUGGGAGUUCAGUGAGGUUAUGGACAUAAAGCUAAUAAGUGAGCAGCACCAGAAUGCAAACUUGAAUCUGUCUGAUUCCAAACCCUACUUCUUUCCAUCCUUAUGCUGCCUUCGGCUGUGACUAUGUGAAUGUUUCAAUUAAAUUUCUCUUUGUAUUUUGCCCCGAUAGCAACCAAGGCUACCCAUCCCAACCUCUUUUUAUCUUUGUUCACCGUAAAAGCUGGAUCAGAGAUCUACUUUCUCAGCUCUUUCCGAUUUCCCGUAGGGAAGUUAGGAGAGAAUGACAAACACUCAAAGAAGGGAGAUAUUGUUGGUAAUAAGGUGAACCGAGGUUUGGGGGAAAAUAAAGCUGAAUGAAAAACAACAGGGUCUAUGUGUGCCUGAGAUGGGAGCCAGUAGGAGGUAAGUGAUUUAUUUUAUUUUAUUUUUUGGCACGGCAUGCAGCAUCUUAGUUCCCCGACCAGGGAUCAAACCUGCGUCCCCCUGCAGGGGAAGUGCGGAGUCUU